CACAGCAGAACAAGAUGUCAGACACUGGGAACCAGUCCUGCCUGAUGGGAGCAGAGGAUGCUGUCUCCUUCCUUGUGUGUGUGUUUCAUGCGUGGGAGGAAUGGGCUGGCCUUGGUCAGGUGGAGGACUACCUGAGUGUUUUGGAGUACCUGCUGUGGGUCUUCACCCCUCUGGCCAUUGUCUUUAUCUUGCCCUUCCUAAUUGUCAUCCUCCUUUACCUCUCUAUACUCUUCCUUCAUGUCUACAAGAGGAAGAAUCAGCUGAGGGAAGCUUACUGCAACAACCUGUGGGAUGGAGCAAGGAAGACCCUAGCUACUCUGUGGGACGGACAUGGAGCUAUAUGGCAUGGUUAUGAGAUCUAUGGGAUGGAGAAGAUCCCUGACAAAGGACCAGCGCUGAUAGUGUACUAUCAUGGAGCCAUUCCUAUUGACUACUACUACUUCCUGGCCAAUGUUAUCAUCCAGAAAGGACGGACCUGCCAUUCUGUAGCUGACCAUUUCCUCUUCAAGAUCCCAGGUUUCAAGUUACUGUUGGAGGUGUUCAGUGUGAUCCAUGGUCCUCAGGAGGAGUGUGUGCGGGCUCUGAGGAGUGGUCACCUGUUGGGGAUUUCUCCAGGAGGAGUGCGGGAGGCUCUGUUCAGUGAUGAGACCUACCCUCUCCUCUGGGGCAAACGCAAAGGCUUCGCACAGGUUGCCAUUGACUCUCAAGUGCCAGUAAUUCCAAUGUUUACUCAAAAUGUCCGGGAAGGCUUCAGAUCUCUGGGAACACUCAGAUUUUUCCGCUGGGUGUAUGAAAGAUUUCGUCUCCCUGCAGCCCCUGUUUAUGGUGGAUUCCCUGUGAAGUUUCGGACCUUCCUUGGUGAUCCCAUCCCAUAUGACCCUAACAUAAACGCUACAGAGCUGGCAGAGAAAGUGCAGCAGGCAGUCCAGUCUCUGAUAGACAAACACCAGCAGAUCCCAGGGAACAUUCUGAGAGCCUUAUUGGAGAGAUUCCACACCAAAUACAAGUGUGAUUAACAGCAGCUAUACAACAACAGAGACAAACUGUCCAGUGUGUGACCAAAACAGCAUGUGACAUUGGCUCAGAUGACUGCAGGGUGCACAGGUUUGGUGGCCUAAUGUGUUGGGAUAUUUGCACAGCUCUCUUCACUGCCCCCAAACACCACAGACUGCAGCUGAGUUUCCUUUUACAUACAUGUUCUUCGUGUCACAUGUUUCUGAUGUAUUCAUGUGUACAUUGACUUUCCUCUUCUUCUGCUCAUUCCCAAGAUGAAUCUGUUUAAAGCCAGACUUCCUCACGUUGGGAUAUUGGACUUGACAUAUAUCAUACCUCAAAAUUACGUAAAGUUGCUUUCUUUUGUUAUGAUAUUUUUGUCUUGAUUAGUUACAUCAUGAGCAGUUAAAGAUGGGCCUCUGGACUGAACAGUGAGCUGACUGGUUGGUGGUUAAACUUCUGGUUAGAUGUAUUUGGUCAUUGUAUCUGUUUAAAUUUACAUACAUGGGAUUCAGGCAAUUUAUUUAUUAAAGAAUGUGAUAUAAGUA